AUGUCAGCCCCUUCAUCAUCCGCUGCCGCCUAUGGGCCUCCUCCAGGCCCGCGUUUGGUUACUGCGAUCCCAAAGGCUGCCCUGAAAGCACUUGAGCCACGUCCUGGUGGCCGCUGGGCUGUCGAACCUGAAUCUGAAGGCUCAUUCCGCUUCGUCUAUACAAUGGGCGAAGGAGAGGGCUCCGUCUACUACACUCUUCGCCCUUGCUCAACCGAAGAAGAGAUUCGUGACAACUGCAAGGAUUUUAUCUAUGAUAUGCCCCCUCCCGUUGCUCAAACCGGAAAUCCUCAGCAAAUCCCAGCAUUCGUGCCAACGACCCUCGCACCUCAGCAUCAGCCAACGCAAGUCCAUGGCCAGUUUGGACAUGGAGUCUCCAUUGCUGGUCCCCCAAACUAUGCGGUGCCCCAGAACAUUAGUGGUACAUCAGCCCCGAUGCCCGCCCCCUCCCAUUAUGGCCAAAGUUUUGGCCCUCUCCCUAUCAUGGGCCAUACCAAUGCCCAGCCGGCUAUUUCUGGAACAAGCCAACAAAACGGCGUUCAGCAAUCUCCGAUGUCUGUUGCACCACCCCCUUCUGCGACUGGAAACAACUGGCCAAUGCAUGGGAACCACCUCCCCCAGAUGAGUGAGAAUACUGAGAACACCACGACGUUCACCUCGCCCUCACGAGAGGACUACCCAGCCAAUGGGGAUUGGGAUCAAUUGUUUGGCAAUGGAUUCAACAAUGGGUACAACCCACAGUAA